AUGCUGAAUAAAAGAAAAUACGACAUGGAUGAUUAUCAUCCCGAAGACGACUAUGGUCCGAUUAUUAAAAUCAUUAAUUCAAACCCAAAAAAAAGUCCGUUGGAGGUAUUCAUAGAAUUAGUUGUCAGAAUAAGAACACGAAGAUUCAGAAGAGAUCCCAUACAAUUUAAAAUCUUUUAUGAUGAUAAGGUACAAACUAUCGAAUUUACUUCCCCAAAAGCAAUUGCAAUGGCUUUAAUAGUUUUUAGAGUCUAUAAAUUAUUACAAAGAAAUGAUAAACUUUCAUUGAAGUCAUUACAUGAUGAAUAUGCUGAUGUUUGGGGUGAAUCAACUGAAAUUUGUUACUCCACAGUACAAAUAUUUUUAGAUGUAUUUGAUUGGAAACAUAAUGAUCUUAAUAUCAUUGUCGAUGAUAAAGUAGCUAGAUUUGAAAACUAA